AAUAUCGGAACGCAGCUCUUUGUCAACGUGGAUCAACGUAGCCGUGGCUUACAAAACUUAAAUGUGACAUGACAAAUUAUCCCAUAUUUACCAUUGAAUUUUGAUACCGUUCGUUCUUUACGUGUGAGUGUGGGGUCAGUCAAAAAGUCGAAAAACCCAAAUUAGUGGUGGAAUUUCAGUGUUCUUAAGAAUUAAAUUGCAUCCGAAAAUGUCGAAGGGACAAAGCAAAGGUUUUACAAAAGAGGAAGAGUUACUUCUGCAAGAUUUCAGCCGAAAUGUUUCCACGAAAUCUUCGGCGCUGUUUUACGGCAACGCUCUAAUUGUAUCCGCCGUUCCAAUAUGGUUAUUCUGGAGGAUACACAUAAUUGACCUGUACUCUUCCUUGAUUCUGUUUACUGUUGUUACUGCUGUUUCCACGUACCUGCUGGCUAUGGCAUACAGGAACACGAAAUUUACUCUGAAGCAUAAAAUCGCAGUAAAACGCGAAGAAGCCGUCACUCGGGACUUGAGCAAGAAGCUAGCAGACGACAAGAAGAUGAGCAAAAAAGAAAAAGACGAAAGAAUCCUGUGGAAGAAGAACGAAGUUGCUGAUUUCGAAGCUACCACAUUCGCUAUUUUUUACAAUAACGCUCUCUUCUUAGCGAUUGUAAUUAUUGCCAGUUUCUACUUACUCCAGUCGUUCACUCCUGCUGUCAACUACACUCUAUCCAUCGGCACGACUGCCGGGUUAUUGGCUUUACUGUCUACUGGGUCCCAGUAACAUUUUCAAUUUAUAAAUGCUUUGUAGGUAACUGUUAAAAGGUCAUGUGCAUUUUGUCAUAUUUAAUUUAAUAUUUCAUACUGUUUUCAAUAAAAGUUAACUUUUG